AUGUACGUCAUCAUUGUGCUGGGCAACCUCCUCAUCAUCCUCACAGGAAUCUCUGAACCUGCCCUGCACACACCCAUGUACAUCAUACUCAAUAAUCUUUCUGUUCUUGAUGUGUUUCUGGCCACUUAUAUAACGUCCAAGAUGAUUCAUGAUUUCCUUCAUGAACCCAAGACCAUCUCCUUUGAGGGCUGCAUUGCCCAGAUAUUCUUACUCCAUGUCUUUGCUGGUGGUGAGAUGGUGCUCCUUGUAGCCAUGGCAUAUGACAGAUAUGUAGCCAUAUGCAAACCUUUCCAUUAUGCAACUAUCAUGAACUUAUGCAAAUGUACAGGUCUGGUAGUAGGCUCUUGGGUGAUUGGGGUCAUGCACUCCCUGAGCCAGGUAUCUUUCACUGUAAACCUGCCCUUUUGUGGUCCAAACAUAGUGGACAGUUAUUACUGUGACCUUACUUUGGUCAUCAAACUUGCCUAUAUGGAUACUUAUGUUCCUGAAGUGUUGAUGCUUUUGGAUAGUGGUCUCAUGGGGGUGACUUCACUCUUGCUCUUGCUGGUCUCCUACACAGUCAUCCUGGUCGCUGUGCGACAUCAUUCCUCAGCGGACAUGACCAAGGCCUGCAACACUCUGACUGCCCACAUCAUUGUAGUCACCCUCUUUUUUGGGCCCUGUAUCUUCAUCUAUGCCUGGCCUUUCAGCAACUUCCCAGUGGAUAAACUCCUUUCUGUGUUCUCUAUGGUUUUCACACCUAUAUUGAACCCCAUCAUCUACACAUUGAGAAAUAAAGAGGUGAAAUCGGCAUGCAUAAACUGA